AUGCCUGGAUCCCUUUUGGGAUUUCUUCAUCAUCCUGGAUACUACCUUCUGAUGAAGAUGGAGUCCAAUUUUGUUUCAGUGUGCAUGUUGUUAGUAAGCAGCCUUUACAUCAGCCAAGCAUGUAUUCGAGGUUUUCUAGAGAAUGUGGAUUUUCCUGGCUCCGACAUAGCAAAUCUGUAUUCCCCAUCUGCACAGCAUUGUCAAGAGCUCUGCACCCAGCACCCAUCGUGCCUCUUCUUCAGCUUCAAUCGGCCAGACAAGUCUCUGGGGACGUUUCAGUGCUUCCUUAAAUCAAGCUCUUCUGGACACCCACGAUCUCAAGUUUUGCUGCUGGGCGUUACUUCUGGAUAUUCUCUUAAACCCUGCAAUCUGGACUCAAAACCUUGCUUCCCACAGAUCUUUGAGAAUUUGGACUUCCAUGGUGGAGAUUACAGAACAUUUUUCACUGUUAAUUUUGAAGAAUGUCAGAGAGUCUGCACAGAAGAUCCAGUCUGUCAGUACUUUACUUUUGUAACCGGGAACUUUACAACCUUGGACAUCAGGUAUAAGUGCCACCUUAAAUUCAGCUGGAAUGUGCCAAGGCCCUCUGUUAUAGUAUUGAAGGCUGGAGUCAUAUCUGGAUUCUCCAAAAAAUCCCAACUGUCUCAACAGUUUGACACAGUAUGUCAGAGCCAACUUUUUUCAGACACCGACUUCAGAGGAAGUGAUUUUAUGGAAUUGAAGGCUGUUUCUCCAGAACAUUGUCAGUUUCUCUGUUCUGUCCAUCCACAGUGUACAUACUUCUCUUUCAGCGGGUAUGUCACUGUCUGA